UUUUUUUUUUUUUUUUUUUUGGUCCUUGUGUUUUACCAGUCUUUGAAGUUUUUAACAAACACACAGAAUGCCUGCCGAUACCCUUCCCGAAGUUGCACCCUCCAUCUCGCCAGCAGAGUCUGCGGCGACUGAAAAGCUGCCGGCAUCAGCGGCUUCGGAUGAAACGCCAGCCGAGCAAUCUGGACGCGUCUUUGUCGAGCCUCCUGAGCCCUCGACGACGGAUGGCAUGAAAGCUGAGGAUCUCGGCCGAGACGAUCGCACUGUUUUGAUUCUGUGCCGCCUCAAGGAAGGCAGUCUGGCGCAGCAGCUUCGUGAAGAGCAUCUCGCAGCAGUGGCGCGCUCUCAGAACUCGAGUGACGGACGACUACCCGCUGGCGAGCGCCCCAUCCUGCCAACCAAAGGAAACAAGAUGAAGAAUCUGCGCACGGUCGAGUGCGCUCUGAAUCAAUGCUGGGGCUUUGCAGUGCUGCCAAUCAAGCCGGACCCGAAAAGCAAGGACGUCCACAAGGCCGCCGCAGAAAUCCUGGACUGUCAUGUGGAAGAAGUCUACGUGCAGCACAUUUCGCAGAAUGUGUUUAUUGUGUGCGACGCAGGUCUGAUGCCGGCGUUGCUUCCGCUUGAUCUGCAUCACCAAAUGCUGCAAAUUUCUCGGUCGAAUCAACAGCAGCAGCAGCAGCAGCAGCAGCAACAACAGUCGGCUCAGACCGCGCAAGAGUCCAACUAGAAUGUGUGUGUGUGUGUGUGUUGAUGCGUUCAUAUGACGCGGUCAUGGUUGUGCAUGUGUGGAAUAAAUGUUUAUGGAUUUGCCCAA